GCUGCCUUGUGUGCGGAUGUGGAGGAGCGGUUGGUCAAUCACCUGUUGUCACCAGAGCGCUACAACAAGCUGAUCAGACCAGCUGUCAACAACAGCCAGCAGGUCACCAUUACCCUCCAGGUAUCUCUGGCCCAGCUGAUCAACGUGAACGAGAGAGAGCAGAUCAUGACCACCAACUGUUGGCUCAGUCAGGUGUGGAAUGACUACAGAUUGAUGUGGGACCCUGAAGAGUACGAAGGGAUCAAGAAAAUCCGGCUCCCAUCACAACACAUCUGGCUGCCAGACAUCGUCCUGUACAACAAUGCUGAUGGGACCUACGAAGUCUCCUUCUACUCCAAUGCUGUGAUCUCCAACAAUGGUGAAGUGAACUGGCUACCGCCAGCUAUCUACAAGUCAGCCUGCAAAAUCGAGGUCCGAGACUUCCCUUUCGACCAGCAGAACUGCACCCUUAAGUUUCGCUCCUGGACCUACGACCACACUGAGAUUGACCUCAUCCUCCUCAGUGAUUAUGCCUCGCGUGAUGACUUCAAACCCAGUGGUGAGUGGGACAUUGUUUCACUGCCAGGACGCAAGAAUGAAGACCCCAAUGACAUCAGGUACCUGGAUAUCACCUAUGACUUUAUUAUCAAGAGAAAACCGCUGUUUUACACCAUCAACCUGAUCAUACCCUGCAUUCUGAUCACAUCACUGGCUAUUCUGGUUUUCUACCUCCCGUCAGACUGUGGGGAGAAGAUGACCCUAUGUAUCUCUGUCCUUCUGGCCCUGACUGUGUUUUUACUCCUUAUCUCAAAGAUUGUGCCACCCACAUCUUUAGCAGUGCCUCUGAUUGGGAAGUACCUGAUGUUUACAAUGGUGCUGGUCACCUUCUCCAUCGUCACCAGCGUUUGUGUGCUCAACGUCCACCAUCGGUCUCCCAGUACACACACCAUGCCUCCCUGGGUAAAACGUGUCUUUCUGUACCAACUGCCCUCUUUUCUCUUCAUGCGGAGACCUGGGAGCUCCAACAUCCGUGAGAAGUUCCGGAAAAAGCACCAGCAGAAGUCUUUCUCUGACCAGAAGCUGCGUGGAGUGGACGGAGGGAGUGGAGCUCCUCUGGGAAUGUCUGAUUCAUCCUCAUCUUUCUUUGUGAACGAGGAGUCGGCCAAACGCUACGGCUGGAAGAUCAGUGACUUGUCAGAGAACACAGAGUUUAGGAAGAGGAUGACGCUGAAGAGCAAUAUUGAUGUGGAGGAUGCAGUGGAUGGAGUGCGCUACAUCGCAGACAAGAUGAAGAGUGAGGAUGAUGAUGAAGGGAUCAUUGAAGACUGGAAGUACGUGGCGAUGGUGAUUGACCGCCUCUUUCUGUGGAUCUUUGUUUUGGUGUGUGUGGUCGGCACGCUGGGUCUCUUCAUGCAGCCUCUCUUCCAGAGUUAUAACACCCCCCUGGUUGACGACAUGGAGCACAACUCCGAAACCUGA